AUGGGUUUCCACGGUCGUUACACUGUAGAGAAGGUGACAUAUCCAUCUCACGGAGAAACCAUCAAUGGCAUCCUGUAUCUGCCCAAAGACGUGGCCAACCCGCCUGGUGUCGUCGUUCUCGGCCCAUACUCGUUCGUCAAAGAACAAGUUCCACUGCAAUAUGCCACGCGACUUGCCGACGAAGGCUACGCCGCUCUAAUCUUCGACCCGCGCACGGUCGGGGAGAGCACCGGUCAGCCACGGCGUCUAGAAAACCCAAAGAUGAAGGGAAUAAGGAUGAUCAGGCUCAAACCAAAGAUGAAGAACGAGGACGUCGUCUCUGGUCUUGACUACCUUGCCGGCAGAGGCGACGUGGAUCCCAAGAAAUUGUUCCUCGUCGGUGUCUGCCAAGGCGGUCCCGAGUGUCUAGACGUAGCGUCAUACGACGAUCGAGUCGUCGCUGUCGCCUCCGUGACGGGGUACUAUCGCGAUCAUGAGACGGACGUCUGGAUGAUUUGCACUGGCUGCGUAAACAUCGAGCCGGGAGUCGACGUUGGAUCGCUGAAAUUGCCUACGCCCGAGCAGGGAGAAGCGCUGUAUCAGGCACGCAUCGAGCGAGCUAGAAAGGCCAAAGAGCUAUACGACACAACAGGCGAAGUCACCUACAAUUAG